CAUUAUUGGAAACGAAAGAAAAGGAGGCAACUUUGAAAAAAAUAAUUGAAUAAAGUCUUCCAAUAGACGACCAUAAGGAAGCGCAAUCGUCUUCACCACUCUUUUCUUUUAAGCUCACUGGCCAGUUUACACAAACCCUACCUUCUAAAUCACACAAACCGCAACGGCAAUGGCCAAAGUGUAUCCGCGUAAUCCGAUUUCUCAACUUCCCGAUCACAGAUCAACCUCCGAUCAUGUCAACGAACUUCCUCACAAUCACGAUUCCGUUAAAAAACCAACUUACGCCGCCUUUAACCGCGGCGGUGGUGGUAGACGUGGUUGUUGUUUUCGGUGCGGUGAACCUGGUCAUUUUAUUCGCGAGUGUCCUGUUCCUGCACCUUCAUCGCGGACUAAUAAUACGUGGAGGGAUAAUCAAGUUUCUCUUAAUGAACCGGUAAAAGUUGAUGUCAUUGAGUUUACUGACGGGUCAGACAAGGUUAAACCAAAAGCAGUGAACUCAUCUAAUGAGGCGUUAACAAAUUUAGAACCAGUUAAGUUUUUUUCUAACAAGUUACCUCCCAAGAGUGUUGAUGAAAGUCUGUUACUAGCAAAGAUAAAAGAAAAAGAAAAAGAACUACAAUUGCGUGACCAAGAAAUCGAUAGUUUGAAUACCAGACUGAACAAAGCUACCGCUGAAUGGAAUUUAUGUCGAACCAAGAACGAGGAAAUGAAUUUAAACAUGAAAAAGUUUCAAGAGGAUUUGGAAAAAAGCAGAGAAGAGAUAUCGAACUUGAGAGAAAAGGAUGACGAGAUGUAUAGGCGGUGGUGCGCUUUGAAUAAUGAAUUAGAAGAAACGAAAGGUGAGUUAAAUGAGAAAAUAGAAGAGCUUGAAGACGCAAAUGAGGCAAAUGAGUCGGCAGUUUUGGAAAUUACGAGGAAGACGAUGGAUGUAGAACACUGGAGAAAAGCGGCAAAAGCUAUAACUUCUGUUUUGGUUGCAGGCGCAGAUAUAUGUUCGAAAACAUCAGAACUUGAAUUUCUUGUAUUGUAUUAUAGCAAUCGUGCUGCUAAAAGGAUGUCACUUGGGAAGUUCAGGAAAGCUUUAGACGACUGCAAAGUGGCAACUCGGUUAGAUCCUAGCUUUCUUAAGGUCUUCCUAACAGCUGGCAACUGCCAUCUUGUUCUUGGAGAUAUUGACGAUGCAUUGUACAAUUACAAAAAGUGCUUGGACUCUAGAAUGGUAUGCUUAGAUAGAAGGCUUAUUAUUGAGGCAUCUGACGGUCUACAAAAGGCCGAGAAAGUGGUUAGUUAUAUCAGCAAGUUGGCUGAGCUUUUGCAACAUAAAACCUUUGAGUCAGCAACUACUGCUUUGGAGGUUGUUGAGGAGGCUUUGUCAAUAAGCCGCUAUUCAGAGAAACUACUUGAAAUGAAAGGGGAGGCUCUCUUAAUGCUGCAUAAGCAUGAAGAAGUGAUUCAAAUGUGUGAGCAAACACUUACUUCCGCUGAAAAGAAUUGUGUGACCAUUGAUGAUAUUGAUCACAUGCCAAAUGAGGAUCAAGUCCGACCAUUGAAGCUUUGGAGAUGGAGCUUGAUGGCUAGGUCCAACUUUCACAUGGCUAAGUUUGACUUGGCCCUUUCUUUCCUUGAGAAAUAUGAGCAACUGGCACCUUCUGAAACCAAAACUCAAGGCCCAUCUUCCCUUUCAUGUGCCACUAUCAGUGAACUUCUUCGGUGUAAGGAUGAAGGAAAUAAAGCUUUUAAAGGUGGGAAGUAUAGAGAAGCAGUCGAGCAUUACAGUAAUGCUAUAAUGCAAAGCAUCGAAUCAAAGUCCUUCACUGCUAUCUGUUUAUGCAAUCGCGCUGCUGCCCGCCAAGCAUUGGGUGAAGUCACUGAUGCCAUUGCGGAUUGCAAUAUCGCCAUAGCUCUUGAUGGAGAUUACAUGAAGGCAAUUUCUAGGAGAGCAAAACUACAUGAGAAGAUUAGAGAUUAUGAGCAUGCAGCCAUUGAUUUCCAGAGACUAAUCUCUCUUCUUGAAAAGAAAAGGGAGAGGAAAUACGAGGAUGAUAUAACCGUAGCUCGUCGACAUCUUUCGUUAAUGAAUAAAAACAUGAAAAAAGGAACCACUUUGAAUCUCUACCUCAUCUUGGGACUAAAAGGGUCAGAAUCUGGUUCAGAAAUUAAAAAAGCAUACCAUAAAGCUGCACUUAGACAUCAUCCGGACAAGGCGGGCAAGUUUCUAGCACGAAGUGAGAGUGGAUUAGAUGGUCAUGUUUGGAAAGAGAUUUUCACAACCAUCCACGAGGAAGCGGACAAGCUUUUUAAGAAAAUCGGGGAGGCGUAUGCUGUACUAUCUGACACUAACAAGAGGUUUAAUUACAACCUUCAUGACACGACGCAAGAUGACUAUGGGUGGAACUUUAACGAGUAGAUGGUGUUGAGCUGCCUGUUGGAAGAAGUAACACCCCGGGUUGGUGGUUGAACUAACAUGCUCAUGGUAAGCUUUUGUGAGUACAGAUGAAACUGGGUUUCUCAAUUUGUGCUUUUUUUCUGCCCUAACGUUUUUCGACUGCAUUCUAUCAGGGGCAGAUAGUUGUAUAUAGUUUUCUCUGCAAAUACCCGAAACUUUUAUUAAAUUAAGGUUUUUAAUUACAACUUUA